CUCUCCGUGCUUUGGAUUAUGAGUGUGAUGCUGCCUGCCGUACCGCAACCGGUGUGUAGCUUUCAAACAAGUUCUUUGAGCCUCACCGACUAGCCGCCAACCUCAUUCCGAUGGGCCCUGUCGACGCUCUGGCCAAGGCAUGUGUCGUUGAAUUGACCAACCAUGGCCAAGAAGCUGGCGGGCUUGCUCUGGGCCUGGUGCUGCUGAGCUGGCCCUGCUCGGCUGGCGAAACCUUGGUGACGCCUCUAGCUUACUUCGCGAUCGCUUUUCGUCUUGAUAAUUGUCCAACUCUUUUUCCUCCGACGAGCGUUGAAGUUGAAAUUGACACAUGCUCCCACGCACAUAUCAUCAAGAUGGCUCAGGCAAUCCCUAUGCAGCAGCAGAAACACUCGACGCGCCUCGGUGGACGCGCGCACACACAUGCGGACUCGGACGCCGAGAGGGAGUAUGACCGCCUUCGCGAUCUGGCGCGGGCCGAGGCCUCCAAGCGCAGUGCAUGCUUCGACCAAGCACACGAUGCGUACGAGCGCGGCGAUGGUGCCGGGGCCAAGCAGCUCUCCAAUGAGGGCAAAGAACACGCCGCCAAGAUGGAGCAGUACAACAAGCAGGCGUCCGAGUACAUCUUUCGCGAGAACAACGCCCCAGGCCGCGUAGCAGAGGACACCAUCGACCUGCACGGCCAGUUCGUCGAGGAAGCGGAGGACAUCCUUGAGGCGCGGAUACGUGACGCACAGGCGAGAGGGCAGACACACCUGCACGUCAUUGUCGGCAAAGGAAAUCACAGCGCGAACCACGUCCAGAAGAUCAAGCCGCGCGUCGAGCAGGUCUGCCGCGAGCUGGGGCUGCAGUAUGCGACCGAGGAGAACGAGGGCCGGAUGUACAUCAACCUUGCCGGCGGUCAGGUGGAUGGGAUGCCACCACUGCCAGCUGGAAAAUCUGGUGGUGGCUACGGUGGAAGUGCAGGAUAUGGGGCCCACGGCUCUUCUCAACAGAGACCGCCAGCAUCGCAGCCACAGCAGCAGCAACAGCAGCAGCAGGGCGACCAGAUGGAGGAGUUGGAGAAGAAAGUUCUGUCCAAGAUCUUCAGCAAGCUGGGUGAUUGUUGUGUGGUGAUGUGAUGCGGUCCAUGUCGAGGCCGGUAAUGUACACUUUAGAAGUCGAAUGUACAAAUGGAAAAAACCAUAUAGAUGAGGCUUCUGGAAGGGACGUUAGAGGAAAGUUCAGUGCACCUCGAUGGUUCAAAUC